UGGCUCUCGCCCCGUGAUGUCCCAACAGAUGGAUCUCCAAUGGCAUUGUACGCCUAUCCGCCGCACCAAUCGCCACGACCUUCUGCGAUGUGUAACGCCUGCAGCUGCAUAUUAUUCCAUGGGGCAGAGUCCGUCCAGAGACACACAAUAACUGCGACCACGAGAAGAGAUGUUAACAGGUUCCUAGGCCAGUCGAGAUUGACUGGUCUUGUUACUCCUUUUUUUCUUUUCUUUUCUUUUCUUGUCUUUCCUCCCGCGCUUACGGAGGACAGAGCCAUCACUUAACUCUUAGUUAUUUGGGUUAAAUCUAUCCCCCACACGAACCAGCCUCUCCCAAUUAUUUCCCCGCAGAUACUGAAAAUCUCAGGAAGAUUUAGGACUUGGCGUUUACCAUGAUAGUCACAUUACGAUUGAAUGACCUAGCAAACUAAACUAGCGAAAGGGAGCAGUUUUCAUCGAAUUCGCUGCUUCCAACUGAUUUUAAAUCGGCUGGUAGCAAAUUAAAAUAAAGAUAGGCAUAGGAACUUGCCAACAAACUCAAAACCCAUGGACCCAGCUUUUUUUCACAAGAACACGUCCUCAAACAUGAGCUUGCCACGAAAGCUAUGGUUCCGGGUUAUUCAUUUUGUGCGGUCGUAACUUCCGAACCUUGCAGGCCGCCCGGAAAGCGGGCGCCGUCUGGGGCUCUUCGGGGAAAAGGGCCUCUGCGUCGUGCAGCCAGCCUGCGGGCUUGGAUUCAACAGUCUGCAGCGGGCGGAACGGAGGAGGGAAGUUUCACCCAAGUUGCAUCACCUGGCUAGCUUGAAGGAGUUAGUCGGGAUCUUCUGACGUUUGAGUGGUAUGCUUUCGUCGAGGCUGCUGCUAGAAGGUGAUGAUGUUUUCUCAUUUUUGCUCAAUUGAUAGCGGCUUUGAGAUGGUGUUGAAUGUUAAUUUUAAAAUGGCACUAGGAUGGUUUCCCGAAUGCUCUUGAACUUCCUUCGCAUGUUCAAUCUAAUCGAGGGAAAAAUCUAACCUGCAAGUAAAAAGUCGAAUCGAUCGAGCAAACCCACCAGCACAACCCGCGGUGUAACGCGAAACACGGGCCUAGCUCGAUCUACUCAGUCUGAUAUGCAGUUAUCACAGUUCUUGUGAGUGGAAAAAGAAGCCGCGAAAUAAUCUUUUGAAGUGCGAUGAUUGGCUCGGAAGCUGAGACGGGUAUCCCUGCGACGGGUUUUCUGCGACAGGUUCAAGUUGAAAGGCACUGCAGGACUCUUGACAUUUCCCGCAACUUCACGUUUAUUUCCUACUGAGUUGCUGAGUUGCUGAGGGCAACGUCCAAAGCAGCCUUGGGACAAACCGACUGAGUCUCCCCCACAAAUAGAAAGCUUUUUUUUUAAGGUACCGCAGACCGGCGCCUGCUUCUGCGCUGUUUCUCUGCGUGUCUAGCACGUUUCAACUGUUCAGUUGAGGGUUGGAUUUAUCUGCCGCCAAUCGCCUAUGCAGGGCGUUCAAACCAGCGGUGUAAGCCGCAGUAGCUUGCGUUUAUCCACGUAUGGUGUGGGGAGAAAGCGGGGAGGUUUUAUAAGAGCUACGGCCUACAGAGUACGCUGUAGUUACGCAGCGCACACACACACACACACACAAAAGGUUAGUUACAGACGAUUUGAUUGAAUAUCAAGGGAUGUUGACAGAUACUUUUUAAUGGCUCAUCAUGUUCCUUUUUCUUCCUCACAAUCAGAAACAUGGUUAAAGAGGGGAGUUUUAAUCGCGAAUUGAAUCUGAAAAAUUCUGUUUCAUUAUUCCUAUUCUGAAGACACAACUAUCUUUCGCUGCACAUAUGGACUGUAUUGCCCAGUCUGCUUGUGUCUUAACCUCUAGUUAUAUACUAUUGAGAGCUGUCUUGGUGGAUGGUCAGACAUCACAUGAAUGACGCUGAGGUUUGUUCCUCUUCGACCCAUUCGAUCAUCCGCAAACACAUCUUUCAUCAUCAUUUCAUUUCUCAUCGUAGGAGCCAGUCUAUUAAUAAUUCAAUAGCAGGGCAUUGCGCCUAAUCUUCCUAUUAAUAUCAGUUGUUGCUGCUCCUAUGGUCAUCCCUACCCACAAAAUCUAGUGCCAUGUGUUGGUCAAGGUCAACUACCUACAGUUCGCCCGGGCAUUUCAUACAUAGCCAACGGAGCUAAAAACUCCCUAUAGAUGCACAGAGAACAACACACAGAAAUGUGACGACAUACCAGAUGGAUGCACCAUACCAUCUAUCUACAAGAGGAUUCUCCGAUAUAGGUGUGCUGGGGGCUAUAUUCAAAUAAAGCUGGGUGAUAUGAACUCAUACGUAGCGGAGUCUACCAUUUCUGGCUUUUCUGUUAUAUAAAAUAAAUCAUCUUGAACUUUUCUUUCUUUGGGGAACUGAUUAUUUUUUUAUUUUAAAAAAAACGUACGGUACAGUCCUUUUUGGUGCUAAGAACCUGAAAAUCCUCCGCAAAAUAUAUGGAUCAAAUACUAGGCUCCCCGGGGGAAGAAGACACCAUAGAGCUGACGGGCAACCACAAUGGCGAUGAUACUCUUCAACAUCACUACAAUAAUAAAUACCAUGUACAUAGGAAAGGCAGCCCAAUUGAGCAUUGGGUAGACACCUCAUCCUGGCCUUUCACUCCUUCUCUCGACACCGGCAUCCUAAUCCCACCCUUCCCCAACGAGUCCGCCAGUAUCGUCCCCCACUGCUUCUCAUCCAUUCAGAGCCUUUCUGGCAUCUCAGUUGCGUCAUCGGAGAGCCUGUGCUACCAGACUCCCUUGGACUAUCGCGGAAUUUGCAUAUACCGCAAUGAACCGUCGGAACCCCUGAUGCAGAAGGCUAGGCAUAUUAUUAUAGAGGAAAACGAUCCCUCCGCUGCUUAUGCCCAGCUGCAUGAUGAGGCCGCUCUGCAGGAACUUACCAAACUCCCCCGCUACCUCUGGAAUGCUACAGAAGAGGACGUGUUCGAAGAGCUAGGAAAUCGUCUUACCCCCGGCCGCGAACAUGAUCACCACCAUGGGCAUUAUCAUGAUGAUGACAGCAAUGGUGACAUUCUCCACUCCACAUUAGCCUGCUCAAUCAAACAGCCAUGGACCGAGUCCGUACCCGUUCCCCUUCUUCCUGAUUUCCUCACGGCACCUUUCCUCCCGGACCCAGCGCCAGAUAAAGCCUAUGGUUUCUCGCAUGAUGCAUUCACGCAAGCCCAACAUACUAUAAUCCCAACACUUACCGAAUCUGAAGCUGCAGCUGCAGCUCCAGCUACAUAUGCAUCCGCAUCUGGCAGCGACACCGAAACGGCCGUCCCACCCAGCCUCGAUCCCGGUCCCAGUCCCAGUCUCAGUCCUAAUUCCGCCAGGAGUCACGCGAGUCCCGAUGGCAACCUCUUCUUCCCCUUCUUCGCUGUCAAAGUUACUUCCAUGGCCACUGGCGGUACCCACCACGCAGCUACAGACGAAGCCAGCAGCACCGCGGCCAUAUCCCUCAACAGCCUCCUUGAGCUGCAUCGCCGUACCGUCGGUACCCACCAGUUCGACCACACGCAGCCCUGGUUCUUCUCACUGACUAUGGACCAGCAGAUUGCGCGGCUGAAUGUGCAUUGGAUUAGUAGCAGGUCCAGGUCGCGGGCGAUGAAGACACAGCAGCCCCAAUCCCAAUCCCAAUCGCAACCACAACAGAGCCAGCAGCGCGGGUCAGCUGCAUCAACAAGCCCCACGCGCCUAUUCAACACAGAGUUGCUAUCUGUCUACAUCCUCAGCGACACGAAUGCCCUACGCGACCUCCAGAGGGCGAUGUGCAAUAUCCUGCGCUAUGGCAGGGAGAUCCUUCUUCCCAAGGUGCGUCUGUUGCUUGAUCUGUGUCAGCACCUGCCAUGCGAGAGACGCAGUGUGGCAUCGUCGAAUCAGACAGAGACGGGCAUGAGUACAGGGCGUUGACUGGGCGGAGAUGGCCAGGUUGGUUCUCGUCAUCCUAGCGUUAUUGACAGGAAUGCUGGUGAAGGGGACGACCAACAGCGGUUGCAGGAGCAGGAGCCGGAGCCUGACCAAGGCCAGAACCAGCAAGAGGCAUGCGAAGGGGAGGCGCCAGAUGUCCUUCCGUGACGAUGAUGGUGAGUGAUAAUGAUGUGGAUGCUAACGGCGAUGGUCCGGGGAAGGGAGUGAGUGAAUCUGUCCAAGGUUUGGGCGACAAUAUCGACAUCAACGCCGCCGCAUUCAUUUUGUUUUUAUUUUGUAUUUACCUACUUGGGGCACAGAUAUUCGAGGAAGUUAGGUCUAUACGCGUUAGUUUGAAUGUGUUUUGGGUGGGCGGUUGAUAUCACGAUAUGACCAUGAGUGGGACGGAUUAGAUGUGCCAUGGGUGUGUUAUUGGAGAGAGAAUGACGGGUUGGUUCGUUUCAGCAGCCUGGUUGCGGGUAUUCCCGCCACGCCAAUGAAGGUGACAAGGAUGGACAAAUUGAAUGGAUGGAGAGAUGAACACAUGGGUGGUUGGUUCCCUUUUGAAAAUUGUGACGGUCAUGAUGUUUUUUGCCUUUUAUGAUUUAUGUUUCAAUUGGGCCUGGUUUUGUAGUUUUAUAUGUGACUCUGCUGCGUUGGCUCGAGCGCUGGAUUUGCUUGGAAUCCUUUUUUACUUUUUCUUUCCCUUGAUUUCUUUUCGCCUCCUUUUUCUUUUUUCCCCUCUUUGCGUUGACCUUUCAUUGUAAUCAAAGUAUCAGCUCCUGUCAUCAAGAGUACAUGCUAGGUGGAUACCCUUAGUUUGACCCGUUCCACAAAAUUGUACGAUCAUAGCAAAAGAAGUGUGACUUAAGCGUCUUCUCAAUGGAACCUACAUGCACUAGACGAACAGAUACGUCCUUCAUGUAUCUAGUGUACAGUUCAUGUACAAUGUACAUGUUCAUUCAUCUACAUUACAUCUACGCGUGUUGGGAGGAGGAAGUCUGGCCGGGUCUUUUCAUGACAUCAUCCAUCCAUCACGUCGGAUCUCUGCAGCUG